AUGCCGGGCACGCCGUCUCGCAAGGAGAAGCAGCGGGAUUCUUCCGCCGUGCAAGAUCCCGGGCUAAAAGACUACCGCCUAGGUGCUUGCAUCGGAAAGGGGGCCUUUGGCUCUGUUUACAAGGCCUUUAAUUGGAGCACUGGCGAGGCGGUUGCUGUGAAACAAAUCAAGCUUGUCGACUUGCCCAAGAGCGAGUUGCGAAUGAUUGAGAGUGAAAUCGACUUGCUCAAGAACUUGUUGCACGACAACAUUGUGAAAUACAUUGGCUUUGUCAAAUCGGUCGACUGCCUCAACAUCAUAUUAGAAUACUGCGAAAACGGCUCGCUGCAUUCCAUACUAAAGACGUAUGGCAAGUUUCCCGAGAACCUUGUCGGCGUCUACAUGACCCAAGUCCUCCAGGGUCUUCAAUACCUGCAUGAUCAGGGUGUCAUUCAUCGAGACAUCAAAGGCGCCAACAUCCUCACGACAAAAGAUGGCACGGUGAAGCUGGCGGAUUUUGGUGUUUCCACAAGCACCCUUGCCGGCGGGCAAGAUAAAGAAGCCCAGGUCGUCGGCACUCCGUACUGGAUGGCGCCAGAGAUCAUUCAGCUUUCGGGUGCUAGCUCCGCCUCCGAUAUUUGGAGCGUCGGCUGCACCGUCAUUGAACUCUUGCAAGGCAAGCCGCCGUAUCACAACCUAGCAGCUAUGCCCGCCCUUUUUGCCAUUGUCAAUGACGACCACCCUCCGUUGCCCGAAGGCAUUUCACCCGCCGCGAGAGACUUCCUCAUGCAAUGUUUCCAAAAGGACCCCAACUUGCGCGUGUCUGCUCGCAAACUGCUGAGGCAUGCUUGGAUUGUUGGUUGCCGUCGGGCUGAUGCACCCGUGUCCAAGGCUCCCGACAACUUUAACCAAGCUGUCGAGGAGGUGAAGCAGUGGAACAAGGCGUUGAACUCUUCUGAGCCUGCUCUCCGAUCCUCCACUGGAUCCGACGUCGCGGCCACUUCGUCACGAUUCAUCGGCGGCACGCCUGCCAGGGCCUCCUUUGGACUGGCCAAGGCAAGGCUCGGUGUUGAAGCAUUCAAGACAGUCGAGCUUCCCGAUAGCGAUAACUGGGACGACGACUUCGUAACCGCAAUCUCACCAAGCGCGCUGCACCUCCCCCAUUUAAAACCGCAGGAUAACUUUGGAGGUCUGCUGUCGAGUGAUAAGCUUAAAGCCUUUGCGUCCACAAACGACCUGACCAUAGAUACCGACAACUACGACGACGACUUUGAGGGAGAGCUGCUGACAAUCAAAGGGCUGGCCCAUCAACGAGAGGAAGCUCAAGAACAGACUCUGCGCCCCGCGCCCCGAAGAGCAGCAACAAGUGCCAAUGUAAAACAUCACCAGGGCACGGGAUUGGAUUUGGGGACGACUGACGCAGCAAAUGCUGCAAACGCCACGCCACCAGCCGUUUCUGGUCGGCCUGGAUCCGAUUCCUUGGUGAAAGCCCCUCGUGGCGAUUAUUUUGAGCUGCCGCCUCGUCCGGAUGCAGCGGUUCGAGAGCAAAGCCUCGAGGACUUUGCAGAUCUGUUUGUGGAUAACGACAACGCCUUUGGCCGCCAAGCCAACCAGGCAGUACGAAGGGGCUCCCGCGCCACUGAUGCACCACAGCUGUUCCAUCCCUCAGACUUGACCAGCCUCCCUCGGUCCAUGCAAGCCCCUGACGGUAGCGUAAGAAAGCGGCCGCCCUCACGGCCGUCGGUACUGCCGGACCGCCCCAUGCGUCGCACACGGUCCUCCAUAGAGAUCCAGAAAUUCGCCGAGGACGACGACGAAGACUUUUCGGAUGUCUUUGGCACCAACGAUUCCCUUGUCGAGAAGGAAGAAAGCGAACGUGGCUCCGAAGAUGGCGGCCUCAUGCUUCUGUCCAAAAUGUCGAGCAACUCCUGGCUCGGCGACGAUGAGGAAGAAUACGACCCCUUUGCCUCCAUGGACCCUGGCUGGGACGAGAUGGAUUUGGAAGCCAACAUUGCGCGAGACAGGCAUGCCCGUCUGGCCGAAAGGGUGGAAGACCUUGUCAGCUCGUUGAAGACGACUGAAGGGGAUGACAUGCUGUCGGAGCUGUCGGAAGAUUUGCUUGGAUUGCUCUGGGAGAACAAGGAAGUCAAGAACCUCAUCAUGAGUGCUCACGGCUUGCUGCCCAUUCUGGAGAUUCUGGAGCCGUGUACGGUGAAGAGCAGGCAGUACAUGAUCUUGCAGCUUCUCAAGGUGGUCAACUCGAUCAUCUUGGAUGAUGUCGAGAUUCAGGAAAACCUCUGCUUCGUGGGCGGGAUACCCAUCAUUACGAAAUUCGCGGCGCGCCAAUACUCGGACGAGAUCAGAAUAGAGGCCGCGGCCUUUGUGCGGCAAAUGUAUCAGACAUCCACGCUGACGCUUCAAAUGUUUGUAGCCGCUGGCGGUCUGAACGUGCUGGUGGAAUUCCUGGACGAAGACUACGACAGCGCCCGGGACCUGGUGCUCAUCGGGGUCAACGGCAUAU